AUGCUCGAUUUUGCGAUUCUCAUUGCCUCAUUAGCGGUCAUAGCAUAUUUUGUCGUUUUGCUCAAAACGAGCGGGUUUUUGAGCGAGAUCAAGCCAACGGUGAGCACGGAGCCGAAAAAUCUGCACAAAAAUCUCUUAGUCUUCUACAAAUAUAAUAUUGGAAGUUAUUCGGCGGUAUGGAAUAUUAUAAACGAGGUCAAAUCAAUAAUUCCUACAAAAUGCAAAACCUUUGGAAUUUUCUAUGACAAUCCUGAGGUAGUUCCCGCGAAUCUUCUCCAAUCGGCAGUUGGAGUUGUAUACACCGAAAAUGAUGAGAAGCUGUUUGAUGAGAAGUAUACGGACGAAUUGAAGAAGGCUGGGUUCGAGAGAAUGGCCCUUCCACAGAUCGACCGGGCCGUUCAAGUCGUCCAACCAAGCACUGGAGGAUGGCUUUCGAUUUUUGCUCUUGUCAACCGAACCUAUGGAAUCGUUAAGAAUUACAUUUCGGAGAACAGAUUGGAAACCCAAUACGCUGUCGAAUUUUACACUGAAAAAGAGAUUAGCAUCGAAUUUCCGUUAGCCAAGAUUGAUGAAUUCCUUGUGCCAGAUUACAUUCCAACUGAAGAACUGGAAGCGAAAUUGGCUCGUAAGAAGUUUGACUCCGACGAAGAAGACAGUGAGAGCGAGCCAGACGGUGAAGAAGAUGAAGAGCAAGAAAAGACAUCCGAUGAGCAGUAA